GAAUGUUUUCCCCUCAUUUUCCUUCCAUUUCCUUCCUCUUCACGGCAUCUAAAAAUGGAGAUGAGAGCAAAAGAAGACAUUUCAAUAAGCCAAGACCUGACUCCUCUAAUCCCACCGCUUGCUCUCUCCCUCCACAACUCUACACUCGUCACUCAUUGCUCUUGUUGCUUUUCUCCUCUCCCUUCUCCUCCUUUCUCCCCUAUUCAUAAUCCCAACACAAAUCACUUCAUUCGCUACUGUUCCCCUCAUUGCUCUUCUCUUGACUCCCCUCUUCACUUCUCCUCUUCUGAAUUCCACUUCUUUCACCUCUUCCCUCAACCCCUUCACACCUCUUUCCCUUCUUCCUCCGACCUUCGCAUCUCCCUCCGCCUACUCUAUCUCAUCCAACAAUCAAAUGGGUCGUUAUUAAAUCUGGAAAGAAUUGGUGGGUUGAUCACGAAUUUCAAGAAAUUAAUGUUCUUGGAACCACACUGCCACGACGAUGAUGAAGUUUCUGGAAGGAUUCGUGAUGGGGCGAAGGCUUUGGCAGUUGCUAGAAGAAUGAGUGUUGGUUUGGAGACCAAUGGGGAGUAUAAUGUGGAAGCUGCAGUGCUUUGUUUAGUUCUGAGUAAUGCAGUGGAAGUGUAUGAUAAGGAUGGGAGAAGUUUAGGGGUGGGUGUUUAUGAUGUAGAGUUUUCCUGGGUUAAUCAUAGCUGUUCUCCUAAUGCUUCUUACAGGUUUUGUACAGAAUCAUAUUGUGGGGGAGUAUUGGAGUCUAGGAUAUGUCCAGCUGCUACGGGGACUGGUGAUGCUGGAAUUGAAAGUGAAUCAAUUAGUAGCAAUACUAAAAUUCAGAAAUCCAUGUCAAUCAUUGGUGGAAGUGUAGCAUGUGGUCCGAAGAUUAUCCUUAGAAGUAUAAAGGGCAUCCAGAAAGGUGACGAAGUGUUGAUUACAUACACUGACUUGUUACAGCCUAAGGUGAUGAGGCAGUCAGAGUUGUGGUUAAAGUACAGGUUCAGUUGCUGCUGUAAACGAUGUAGAGCAAUGCCUAUGACUCAUAUAGAUCAUUGUCUGCAGGAAAUCUUAAUUUUAAAUCCCGAUUCUUCAGAUAUGGCUUCCGGUGACAAUUUUUACGGGGACUAUGUGAUGGGGAAGCUGAUGGAUUGCUUGAAUGACGCUAUAGAUGACUUCCUGUCAUUUGAUAACCCCAAGUCUUGUUGUGAAAAACUCGAGAUCCUGCUUACUCAAGAUCAUGUUAACUUACUUCUAAAGCCUAACGGAGAAAAAUUACAUCAGCUCUUCAGACUACUGCCUCUUCACCAUGUCUCUUUGCACGCCUACAUGACACUGGCUUCUGCAUAUAAAGACUCUGUAAGUGAACUGUUGGCCCUAGACCACGAAAGUUAUAAGCAUCAAACCGAAGCUUGUAAUAUGAGCAGAAAGAGUGCAGCAUACUCCUUGUUGCUUGCAGGUGCAACCCAGUAUUUAUUAGAAUCUGAGUCUUCUCUCAUUGUGUCUGUGUCAAAUUUUUGGACGACUGCUGGUGAGACCUUACUAAGUCUUGUCAGAAACUCCGCGUGGAACUUAUUUUCAAGGGGAAGACACACUGGAGCGUUUUCAUUUUCGUCAUGUCAAAUGUGCGGCAAAUGCACACUGCUUGAUAGGUUUAAAAAUAAAUUUACAGAUUGCCAAGAUGAAAAUGCAGAAUUUGCUGACAUAACGAGCCAAUUUUUGAAUUGUGUUAUUGAUAUAACACCAAAAAUCUGGGAUUUUCUUACAGAGGAAGGCGGUUACUUGAAAGUAGUUGAGGAUCCCAUCAGCUAUAGAUGGCUUGGGAGUAGGAUGCAAUCUUGUGCUUAUUUUGCAACUCAUGCUACAAGUCCAGACGCAGACAAAACGGAUUCUGGAUUGGAAGCAGAAGAAUGUUACAACGAGAUACGGGUAAACUUGUUCCUGCUUGGCAUUCACUGCUUAAUCUAUGGAGCAUUUUUGUCAACUGUAUGUUUUAGUCGUGGUUCGCCACUGCUGUCUAAAGUUGAAAGUCUUAUAAGUCUAGAAGGUAUUCUGAACUGUUAAGCCAUUGUUGCAUUCAAAUCUCAAUUGUGUCUAACAGUAUGUUCGCAACAAUUUUUUGUAGUGUUGAAAAUUACCCGCAAGCAAAAAAUAAAUCAGAAACAGUAAUUUUAUUAAAUGAAUCUUGUGAGUACGAUUCUGUUCUCUUGA